AUGGUGUCGUCUAUGGACACUGGAAUUAUGGGAUGGAGCUCCACGGACAAAGUUCUGGCAUUGUUUUGGCAACUUCUGCACUUCUUUCAGCUGUUGAGCAGUACUACAGUGUGUGAAGAUGUGUAUGAGUGUGUGAUGGAGUUCAGAGCACCACAAGUGUCUAAGAAUCUGGAAUUCAGUCUGCAAUCAUACAGUGGCACAGAACUACUGGAUUCCAAGACUUUCCACCUUGUUCCUCUCAUGACAUCCUCUUUAUGCUUGAAUGUCUCAUCUACGACUGUCGUGGUCAGCUGGCCUACAUUAGAUGAUGGAGAUGUCUUGGAUGUGUGUUUGGAUGAGCAGUGUUGGGUUGCUUCCCAUUUUCAGCCAUUCCACCAGGUGACAGGCUUUCAGCCUGGACAUCAUUACAAUGUCAGUGUGGCAAAGAAAACAUUCGUCCCUCAUCUCCAAAUUAAUGUUACACAAAGCUUGCAGCUGGCCGUAAAGACAGCUCAGUGUCCCGUUGGCUGGCUUGCUGUGGGAUGGAGCUGUUAUAAGGUGAACCCGAGGUUCAUGUCAUGGUCUGGAGCAAAGCAAGCGUGUGAAAGGUCAACCCCAGGGUCACAUCUGGCCAACAUAAAGACAGAUGCAGAGUUUCUGUCCAUCAUAUCCUUCUUAGAGUCCUAUAACCACCUUCUGCUGUUGUGGACCGCUUUGAAUGACCGUGAGACAGAAGGUGACUUCCGCUGGUUUGAUGGCUCUACUUACAACUUAAAUAUUGAAAUGACAUCAUCGCUUGCACCCAAUCAAACGGGCUGUGUUGCAAUGCAGAAGAAUGCGACUGGAGCAGGAUACUUCUUCACUGCUUUCCUGUGUUACAUGCAGCUUCCCUACAUAUGUCAAGAAGAGUUAUUGCAGAGCAGCAGUAAAUUGCUGGAUCUGGAGAGUGUGUGCGAAACUGAAGCAGCAUUUAUCUGGUCGAAUGAAUCUCACCUGGACUUAUCUGCUGGUUUUACUCUUGCUCUACAAUCAGAAGAUGAAUCAAAGAUGAAACCGUCUCACAUAUUGCACUCACAAACACUCAAGACAAAGUGAGAGUUCAAGAUCUCUCUCCUGGCCACAUCUAUCGUUUCUCACUGGUUCU